AUGGCUCUGCUGAUUAAGAAUGGCACUGUUGUCAACGAGGACGCGAUCUUCAAUGCCGAUGUUCUCAUCAAGGAUGGUGUUAUUACGGAAGUAGCUCCUUCAAUCAGUGCUGAGGGUAACACUCAAGUGUUGGACGCCACAGGAAAGAUGGUGAUCCCAGGUGGAAUCGAUCCUCAUACUCACAUGCAGCUGCCAUUCAUGGGCAAAGUAGCUGUGGACGACUUUUACCAGGGCACUCGAGCCGCUCUAGCCGGUGGAACGACAAUGGUCGACAGCACUCCAUUAGCCGCUUACAAACAAUGGAGGGAGUGGGCCGACCCUAAGGUGUGCUGUGAUUACGCCUUGUCAAUGGCCAUAACAAGUUGGAACCCAGAUAUCGAACGACAAAUGGAAGAGGUGGUGAAGCCGGAAUACGGAAUCAACUCCUUCAAAUUCUUCUUGGCCUAUUCGGGUCUAUUUAUGGUACGCGAUGAAGAAUUCUAUCAAGGAAUGCUUACCUGCUCUCGACUAGGGGCUUUGGCUCGGGUUCAUGCUGAGAACGGUGCCGUUAUUGAUGAGAAAUGUAAAGCACUACUCAAUCAGGGUAUCACUGGUCCGGAAGGUCAUACACAAAGUCGACCAGAAGAGGUCUCUGCAUUCUAG